AUAAGAGACCUGAGAGCACCACAGAAGCAGUGUGCGCGGGUGCGUGCGCGAGUGCGCACACGCGUAACAUCCCUGUUCGCGCUCAGGUGGCUCACUCAGUUUGGGAGUCUCGCGGAAACCGAAAGUAGGCUACCCUCUUGAUCCAGUGAGAUGCCUAGCCAGUGGAGCGGAGCGCGCCGCGUUGCAACCGUCGCACAGGUACAAGUGCGCCAUUGCGGGCGCGCAGUUUUCAUCAAGACAGAAGAUACCCAGAGAGACAGCAUUAUCUUCUGCUGCUUUCCACGCCGCGUGAUGGACUCUUGAAGGGGGCUGAAACGUGAACUUUGAAUCUAAUUCCAAGCUUGGGAGUCAUUUUGAUGCGACACACUCAAAAAUGACUUUCUUCUAUACUAUAUGUUUUAAAGGUUCGCAAAAAUGAAGUUUGGCAAAAGCGUUUGUAUCAUCAACGUGGGUGGCACCAAGUAUGCUUUUCCAAAGGACGUAAUCAAGGAUUUCCCUCUGAGGAGAGUAAGUCGUCUCCACAGUUGCGCCUCGGAGAGAGAAGUGCUGGAAGUGUGCGAUGAUUACGAUCGAGAGAGCAACGAGUUCUUCUUUGACAGACAUUCGGAAGCGUUCGGCUUCAUCAUGCUCUACGUGAAGUACGGCAAACUGCGCUUCGUUCCGCAUAUGUGCGAGCUGUCGUUUUACAACGAGAUGAUUUACUGGGGUUUGGAAAGCUCUCAUUUGGAGUUCUGCUGCCAGCGGAGACUUGACGACCGCAUGUCCGAAACGUACACUCACUUUCCCGAGGCGGACCACAAAACGGACGAGCAAUUUAUGGCGACAGACGAGGUGUCAAGACCGGCUGACGCAAAAUGGGACUCCAAGUGGCUGGAGCGGAUGCGCAGGACUUUCGAGGAGCCCACCUCCUCUUUGGCCGCACAGAUUUUGGCGUCCGUGUCGGUCAUUUUUGUCAUUGUGUCCAUGAUAAUGCUUUGCGCAAGCACUCUUCCUGACUGGAAAACUGCCGAGAGCAACAUUGUGGAAGAGAACAGGUACUCUUUAGAGCAUCCAUCUGGGAUCAUCGAGGCAGUGUGCAUCGGCUGGUUCACGGCAGAGUGCAUCGUGCGCUUCAUUGUUUCCAGAGACAAGUGCGAGUUUGUGCGACGUCCACUAAACAUCAUAGACCUUCUGGCCAUUACACCCUAUUACAUCUCCGUUACCAUGACUGUUCUCACAGGAGAGAACUCUCAGCUGCAGAGGGCUGGCGUGACAUUACGCGUGCUGCGCAUGAUGCGAAUUUUUUGGGUCAUCAAGUUAGCACGCCAUUUCCUGGGCCUCCAGACUUUGGGGCUGACUUUGAGGCGCUGUUACCGCGAAAUGGUCAUGCUUUUAGUCUUCAUUUGCGUGGCCAUGGCCAUAUUUGGGGCGUUGGCGCAACUUCUGGAGCACGGUCUCGAUCUGCAGUCUGGGAACGAUGAAUACGCUAGCAUUCCUGCCGCCUGCUGGUGGGUUAUUAUCUCCAUGACGACUGUCGGCUAUGGAGACAUGUACCCCAUCACUGUGCCGGGACGUGUGCUUGGUGGCCUGUGCGUUGUGAGUGGUAUAGUGCUGCUGGCUCUUCCAAUCACGUUCAUUUACCACAGCUUUGUGCAGUGCUACCAUGAACUUAAAUUCCGUUCUGCUCGCUGCACCAGAAGCUUCUCUGCUGAGUUUCUCAACUGACUCCUUCCCUAGGUUUGACUAUCACAAAUAAUGUGACUCUCUGCUGUCCAGUCUCCACUUUCUGUUAGAGAAACCAAACCCAAUAUUUUUGUGUUGUGACAUCUCCUGAGGCAAUUCCAUCAGGCAUUUUCAUCUCCAGAACAGGCUUCCUCGACGCUGCUGAGUUUCAGUGCUUUAUCUGUUACUCAACAGAGGAGGCUACCUUGGUGACGGUGGCAUCGAGGCCAGAUGUACUUGACAGGUACACACUGCCAGAGGGCAGCUUACAAAUGUCAGUCAGAGGCCUUGAAAAGACUCCAACAUCCUCGUACUUUAAGAUAUUCGAAUUGCUCUAUCCAUGUGGCAUCCCGCCAGAAGGAUUUAGCUUCUGAAUGCCUCUUAGACAGCCUACAGGGUUGGCAGGCACAUAGGAGAGAAAUAAUUCAAUCAUCUUGUCACCCAGGAACCUCUCUUUGAAUUUAUUAUAUGCAAUGAAGUUUUAAAGCUGCACCAUUUCCCCCAGCAUUUAAAAUAUCGAGGGCAACAAAACCUAUUUUUUAGACAGCUUUAAUUAAUGAGAUCAAAAGCACAGAUGACUGACAAUAGAUUAAUAAAACAAAAUAAUUCAAUCCAUCUUUUCCAGUUACUGAGUACUCUUUCCAGGCUAAAUUGUCAUGUAGAGCUCAAUUUGGUGUGACAGCAAGCCUCCAGAGAUAGUCAGAGAGAAUGAGCAGAAUACAGCGAGAGAAAGAAAUAGAGAGAAUUAUAGGGAUGGAAUGAGAGCUGUGUGGGCAGCUAUGUAGCGUAGAGUGGAACAUAACAGGCCAUGGAGAGAGAGUGCUGUCAUGGAGAGUUGGUGUUUUGGAUGGCACCACGCAAAGCAUGUAGAGUUCUUCCAGAAUCAGCUACCUGUGAAUGUUCUCUACUGCCUUGCCUUUUUUUAGAUUGGGAAAGGAGAAGCCUUGAGGCUUGUGCACAUCUUCACAUAAAGUUCUCUUUAAGUCCAUGAAAAGUUCAGAAGAUCUUUCGGGACACAACAACCUCAAGGCCCUCUCUCCUCCCUUGGAGUCACCCAUAACACCCACUUCUCCCCGACUCACUGCUGUCUCUAUGUUGUUGUGGCUCUAAUGUUCCUUAAUGCACUUAGACAGACACCAGGCAACAUGUUUGCUUUUAUGUUUCCACAUUUCUCCAAAGUUUGUGAGAAUGAUUGUCAUGGGAGGGCAUCUGCUGCAGAAAAUGCAAAAAAUGGGCUCAAAUGUUGUUGAGCUACUAUUUAAACUCUAAGAAAAACAAAUUUUUAAAUUCAAAAUGAAGUCAAAAUUGACACUAUUUACCUUUUUAAUGCAUGUGUCCUGUUCCACUUUCAAACCGCACAGAGGUUAAACUUUCCAUCACGCAUGUAUUAGUUAUUCCAAUGUCCAUUCAUUCACCUCAUAUUCAAUCCAUGAUAUAUCUCAUGACAAAUCAUAAUAAUAGUACGAUAUGACGAAAUAGUGAGAAAACGUUUGAAUUUUACUCCCAUAGAAAAAAAUUACGAACCGACGAACGAUGUUAUUAUGAUUUUCAAGUUGAACUCCUUACCCUAAACCUAGCCGUGAUUUUUAUAGGAAAAUAAGUCUCGUUUACCAUGGAGGAAAGAAAACAUUGGGGUUUGGAACGAGACAAUGAAAGUGUAUACAGGUUAUUGACAUACAUCAGUCAUUUGUAAUGAUUAUAUAAAUAUUGAAUGGGUAACAAAACUUCACAACCAUUUUCUUUCUUAAAAUAAAGUGUUGGAUAGGAGGCUACCUAAAAUUUGGUGGUUGUAGAUUGUAUCGUUUUUAAAUUCUGUUUAUUGAUUGGUUGGUCUCUAUGGGAAUAAAAGUUGUACCUUUUCACAUGAGCCAAAUAUGAUGUCUUACAAAUUUUGUAAUCUCUACAAAUUAUCAUGAGAUUAUGUUGCAAAAAUAAGGACUAUGGUAUGAGAGACAUAUUAAUUUCAAGCAUUGCAAAAAUUUCAGAACUCUGUUAACUUUUUAACUGGUAUUUUAAUUAUAUUUUAUUUAUUUAUUUGGAAUCAACAUUUUCCAAUUCUUGCAGUUCAUGCUUUUUCUUCAGAUGUGAUAAAGUGACUCCAUUGUAUCACUUUUGUCAGGUUUUAGCCUUUUUCAUUACAUCCUUCUCUAUAUUAUUUUUUAUUAUUAAUAUUAUAUUAGAUAUUUAAGUGCAUAUAGUUAGGUGUGCUUCAGUAUAUGACAACUGUUCAAUUGAGCUGAACAUUUUAAAAUAUUUUAUUAUAUUAUAUCAAUUUCUCAGUGGGACAGCGGGCAAAAACCAUCAGUUAUGUAAUAUUUAGUAUGAUUUGUAAGGAUGUGUAUUAUAAAGUGUUUAAAAUGUCCUUUUACUGUUCAUUGGAAAUAUUAAAAUGUUUUUUUGUUUUUUGUUUGUUUGUUUUUUUACAUCAGAUUGACAGAACUUUAGUUAAAUAUGUUUGUUGGAUAUAGUUAUUUGUACAAACGUGCAUUUAUUCUUUUACCAAAUUCCUAACCUGAGACCAAACUUUUAAAUUGUAAAUUUUCCUAGAGUUUUCCAGCUACAUCCGCCAAACUUCAAGCCUGUUCUGACUCUGGUUGCCGUAUCCUUUCUAACCGAUCACACAUACAAUGUUUUUCUGUAACAAACUGUAAUUCUGACUGUAAUUCCUCCUAAAUCACUCUCUCUCUCUCUAUCUAUCUCUCCUCCUCUCUUUCUCUGUCUUCCGUCUUCCUGUCUGUAAGGCUUUUAAAAGUAUUUAAAAUUGUCAAGCAAAGCUUUGUCAGGCAAAAAGCUAAGUUUUUCUAGAAUCUUCAAACUUUCCUCUUUGUAAUAUUGCACACCAGAUUUAAAAAAAAAAAUUCUGUCACUUUGUCAAAUCCUCCUAGACACAGUAGAAAUAAACCUAGAGCCAAAAACGAAAAUAUUCCUUUUCAUAAUAGACCUUUUUCACAGACUGUGAUGACGCGUUCUGCCUUAUCAAUGUAAAUCUCGCAAUUUUUUUUAAUAUUAUACCUUUUUUAAAUAUUUAGUGUAAGUUUGUAACAUUAUUCUUUGUGUUAUAUUACCCUGGAAUUAGUUUUAAAAAACUAAUUACCACAGCUGCGAGGGGGUUUCGAUUACAGCUGCUCGAUUACAGCUGCUUCUCUCAUUUUACUGUCUUAAUCCACCACUCUCUAUUUUGUCCUUUUCUGGAAAGUCAUUCAAACGUAAUAGUGGAUUUUUUCCUUUGGUCUUGGAGCAAGUAGGUAUGUGAAAAUAAUAUUUGCUGUGAUCUCCCAUUCACCGCUGUUGAAGUUUACCCUGCAAAUGUUUACUCCCGCGUUCCAAAACCCGGAGUGUGAAAAAGGUCUAUAGUUCCCUCUAGUCCAAGUGACUGUCUUCUCUGUAAUUACCACUUUCUCACUCAUCAUCAUCUUUAUUCACAUUCUCCACAGUAAUGUAUUCAUAUAAACCAGCAGCCACUGAUUGCAGCACAUUCCUUUGUGAAUUUAUUAUCAGAAGUUUGUGUGAUUGCAAAAAGAUGUGUUCCAAUUUGGGUUACAGGAAGCAAAAUGUGUCAGACCAAAAUGUGCCAAAACUUCCCUCCUUAUUAAUUAAACCUCCUGAAGCGAUCAUGCCGCGAGGUGUUUUUGAGUGAGGUUUCAGAUCACUUUAGAAUACUGAGAUGGAACAAACUCCCUUGACACACACAUACAACACAACAACAUCCAUAAAUGAAUGCAAAAGUGAAAAUAAGUUAAAUCCUUGAAGUUAAUUGCAGACUGCGUGUGUAGGCUGCCAGUCAUUGGUUCUUAGUAGAUUUUUACCACUGGCUCUCUCUGUUGCCUGCUUCAUUAACCAUGCUAAACUUGAGGGAUCCUAUUUAUCAUCUUUCAAACCAGUAGGUCUUGUUUGCAUGGCCAAUUUGCCGAUGGGACUUGAUGUAUUUUGAAUUGUGAGACAGCAGGGGACUUGUAAUAUCAAUUUUAUGGUGCAAACUGAUUAUUGAACAUUCUCAUCGGGCACUGUUCACUUUUACAUGACACUUGAUAACCACUGUGUUAGCAAAAGCACUCACCGUGGACAUGUUUAUGAAUAAGUUUACUGUAAUACUUUUUAAUGUUUUAUUUGUUUCAUUGAUCUAUUGGUAGAACUAGCAUUUGACACAAAGCAUUCUGAUAUUUAUCCAAUUUAAAAACAAUUUAAUAAAGAGUUUUAACAAACAUUGUGUGCAUUAUGAUCAUAUUUAUAAACAUUGUGAAUAUGAUAUGACAGCUUGGGUUUAUCACAGAUGGCUUGAGAUUUUUGUAGGGAUGUUUUAAAACCCAAUGUUUAGACUAUUAGCUGGUAAAUUGUUUGAAAAUAUGCUGUAAAAUGGAAAUAAGACCCCAUCAGUUUUUUUGUUUUUUGUUUUUUUGUUUUUUUUUCUGCAAUGAUUAGUAUGUUGUUAGCUUUCAAUGUCUUUUUUAAAAAGAAAGUCUAUUUUAAAUUAACUAGAAUAUGCCUCUGUAUUAUCUAAAGCAAGUCUGGACAUAAAUAAAUUCAAUAUAAAGACUG